CAUUAAAGCACUGUAACUAUUUUCAGUAACUAUUUUCUUCUUCUAGGUUUGUAGGUCUAGGUGUGCCUCUCAGACCCACACCACAGCUUUUUUAAACAGUUCUCAUGUGGGAGCCCUGUACACAUGGGCCUUAGGAUUCAGGGACAGCUUCUCUCCAUUAGGAUCCAUUAGUAUACUCAAUCAGUCCAAGUGUUGAAGACACAGAUAUCAAUAACUAACGACUGUGAUUCAAGAGCAGACUGCUGCAUGAUAUUGCGCGAAGUACUGGUGAAUAUUGCACAUUUACAACUGCAUAAUACUUGCACUCAUAUUGCAUUUUUGGGCUUAUAUAAAUAUUACUAUUAUUGUACGUAGGGGAAUGAUGGGGAGCUGCGCACCGAACCCCUAAAUACUAUUUUAGGUGUUUUGUGCAAAGACAAUAAAUGAAAUCAAUUCAAGUGUAAUCACUGCAUUUGCACAAUACAAAAUACAUUGUAGCAACAGCAGCAACGAUUCCGACUACAGUCUCUGCAGGAUGAUUGAACAGAUCUUUGGCUUCACCUUGUGGUCAUCCAGAGUAAGUGCAGCUGAAAGAGAAGUGCGGCGCCUCGUGUUUUUUAAUUCUUUUUUCUUCUUCUUGCCGUUCUGUGAAUCCCUGCCAAGUUGAGUUAGACGUCAGUGGGGAACCUGUGCUGGUGAGUGGACGUGUGCCGUGCGCGUCAGGCAGUUCCCGGAUGCACCGAACAGAAACAUGGAACGGGUAGUGGUGGAAAUGCCGAUCAACAACGGUUUUUCCAUCGCCUGCCCUUCCAUGACACCACGAAAGCGCCAGGUGCGUUUUUCAGCGCGCCAUGACAUCAUCCUUCUGCGAGAGGUUAUCGCCCAAAACCCUUUUGCCUCAAAAGAGCCAGGACGGAUCUGGGCCCGUGUGGGUGAGAUUAUCACCGCAGCUCUCCAAGAGGAAAACUUUGAGGUGGAUGCCAGGAGAUGUAGGGAGAGGACCAUGCUGCUGCUAGACUACUACAAGAAACAAGACUUCCCCAGUCUGCGGAGGUUUGGAACAGAGAGGUUGUACGCCCAAAAGGAGGAUCUCCUUCAUGAGGUUUUGGAGCUGGAAGCUGAGAAGGGACUCCUGGCCAGCGGUGAAGGCGCAAAGUACCAGGACGAUGAGCGAAGAAAUCGAGCCAUAGAUGAGCUGUCUCUGCUAGAACAGGAUAAACCCAACAUCACCCUCACACAAACGCCUGCAGAACCAGAAGAAAGUCGUGAGGAAAUGGCAGAGAUUUCAGCGGCGCCCACAGCCAAGCAGCCCUGCCAGUGUUGCUGCCAGACCUACUCUGAGAUUCUCAGCUUUCUGGAGAAGCGUUCGGAGGCAGAGCAGCGGCUUCGAGAGGAGGAGCUUGCCCUACGCAGAGAGGAACUGGAGAUUCAGAGGAGUAAGAUCGCUCUGGAGAGAGAACGCCUGGGAGCUGAGAGAAAAGAGAGGGAGCGGAGAUUUGAGCUUGAGAGCCAAGAGAGGCAGGUCAUCCUGGAUCUGCUAAAAGAGAAGGUGCUGAAAGGCUGAUAAAAAAAAAGAACUUUAUCACCUGCAUUUUAUUGCUCUUUGACAAAAAGUGUGUGAGUUUGUGUCGGUAAGGGAAUAGCUGACUACUAAAACGAGGAAGGAAAACAACAGAACUGGAAGUGAACAGAUGAAAGAGAGGAACAGUGAGUUGAAAUUAAAAAUGGAGGACAAUUGUCUUUGUCUGUUUGAACAAACAUGCCAUGUUGUCAGACACAGGGGGUACCCAGACCGGUAUACAGCGGUAUGAAAAAGUGUUGGCCUCCUUCCUGAUUUUUAUUUAUUAUUUUUUUUGAAUGUCACACUUAAAUGUUUCAGGUCAUCAGACAAAUUUAAAUAUUAGUCAAAGACAACACAAGUAAACACAAAAGGCAGUUUUUAAAUGAAGGUUUUUAUUAUUAAGGGAACACAAAAUCCAAACCAAAGGGGGUAAACCUGAUUGCCCCCUAAACCGGUAACCGGUUCCCCCUAAACUGGUUGUAUUGAUGACUUGCAAUGAGUCUUUACAGUACUGUGGAUGAAUUUUUGCCCGCUCCUAUUUAAGUGAUUUCUUGAUUGAGAUCAAGUGUGGCAGCAGUCAGACCUAGAGAAUUUGAUCUCGGGUGUGAUAAACCAGUUAAACAAGGGGGGAAACACUUUUUCACACAGGGCCAUGUAGGUUUGGAUUUUGUUUUCCCUUAAUGAUAAAAACCUUAAUUUAAGAACUGCAUUUUGUGUUUACUUGUGUUAUCAUUGACUAAUAUUUAAAUUUGUCUGAUGGUCUGAAACAUUAAGGUGUGACAAACACGCAAUAAAAUAAGAAAUCAGGAAGGGGGCUGAUGCUUUUUCACACCACUGUAUACAGCUGCUUCAGAGAGUAUUCAGACCCGUUCAGUUAUGUACUUUAUUGUGUUGUAGAUUUAAACUGGUACAGUUGACAAUUUCUCAUGAGUCUGAAGUAAUCAAUACGAAGAGUAUGAAAACAUAAUUUCAGUUUCUUUUGUAUUCAGACUCAAAAACUGAAAAGUUACUUUUAGUAUUCAGACCAUUAACUCGGUAUAGUGUUGAAGCUUAUUUGGCAGUCUGGAGUCGAGUCGAGUCUAGAGAGGCUUUGCACUCCUGGAUCUGGGUAUUUUAUUCUGUUCUUUCUGGCAGAUCCUUCCAAACUUCAUCAGACACGACGGGAAGCAUCUGUGGAACUAAAAUCUUAGGUCUCUCCUCAGAUGUUCUGUUGGGUUUCAGGGUUUUGGCUGGAUCACUCAAGGACAGUCAGAGGCUUGAGGAAAAAAUGAGGGGGGUUGAAUAUUUCUGAAGUGAUCAUGGAACUGAUACAUAUAGCAACACCAAUGUUUGUUGAAACCAACUGCUCAAAUCUGACGCUCAUAGACUUAACUUCCAGUGGCACAGCCUGCAUGUGGUCUUGAAAUCACUUCACUUGUUCGAGUGUCACCUAAUAAUUUGUAUGCAGUAAUGGAUGUGGUGUAUUAGGUGUAAGUCCCUCACCUAUAACUGGCACCAUGUGCAAAGAAGGUUAGUUUCUUAAAUAAAAGCUUUCCCUCACUGGUCCACCAAGCAGGUUACGUCGUAUCAGUGCCAGGGUGGCAGAAAUACAAAGACAACUGAGAAAGCCUGUAUAUUUAAGCUUUUGCGAAGCCUGUAGCAUUCACCAUAUUAAUGGCUUUAUACAUGCCUUAUUCAGCCGCUUUCUAUUUGGAGCAUUUUAAAUAAAUUAGAAAGUAAAACUAUAUUUUACUGAACACUUUUGUAUUACAAAACUAUAUUAUACAGAGAUUACACAGAGACUGUUGAUCAUUUUCUGACCUUAAAUAACAUUUUAAGUGAUAAUAUCACUACCUUUCUAUUUUUUUCUACAAAUUAUGAGUCAAAUAUAUGUCACUAUCUACAGUUUAAGUUGCUAAUCUGAUGUGCAGUUAAAAAUCGUUGGUUAAAGUUUACAUAGAUGUGGAAUCCGUUACAGAAGCACUUCUUAUUACACAAUCUGCUGGUUGUUUUUCAUACUGACAAAUGAAAUUAUUUGACUUUAUUACAUGAUAGUUGCUACUGUAACCAUAUGUAUAUCGUUAAUAAGAAAUUGAAUUAAAGUGUGAUUUUUGUCUCACAACAGGUCCCCACAACAUAUCUUAUGAAAGCCCAUAAAACAAAUGCAAAUGGUGUGCAGAGUGUAUAACCAAGUGCAUUCACCUCCUCACACUCAAGCACUGUGUGGAAUCAGAUACAGUAUCCAAACGUAGCUGAAUACGUAGCUGGCGCUGUAACUUUAAAAAAAAUUCUGUGUUAAUGUUUAAACUAAGUUGGUGGUUAAACAUGCACCAGCUGCAGAGCCUUUGGGGAAGCAAGCCACCACAAAUAUGUAGCAUAUCGUCACAUUGGAUUGCCAGAAUCUGUUCAGCUGUUGUUGUUUUUUUUACCCUGUCCAGAGCCAAAGGUUAAACAGUAGUGUGAAAGAAAUGAAUGAACAACAUGAGGCUCAUCAGUACUGGAUUUCCUCCCUGCCCAUGAUUACUGAGUGUGCAUUACACACUUAAUAUAAUAAUGUUAUACUUGAACGUACUUUAACAAAAGAUAGCUUAAACUAAUCAUUAUUACACAUUUUAAAUGGUGAAUCCCACAGAAUAAGCCUCUGUGUCUCUGUGCCUGCUGUAUUGCUAAUAAUCUGUUAUCCUAAAUACACGAUUAACUGUAUUUCACACAGUUACACUUUAGGAACCACAGUAAUACUUUUUCCACUAUUGACACAGUGACUGUCCCUAAACUAGGACAGAGUGAUCAGUCCCCAAAUAAUCUAUAGCCUCUUUUCUCUUUUGUUUUUGAGUUGUUUUUUAAUUGGAGAAUCAUAAUAAAUAAAUAAAUAAAAAAUGUUAAUUACAUCCUGGUACAACCUGUGUAAUACUGAUUAUUCACAUAAGGGACAUAAAUAUUAAAAUCAUUUGUUAUUAAAAAAAACAUUGUAUGUAUAUAUAAAAUGUAUUCGGAUGUUUGUUGGCUUUAAGGUGUAUUUGCGUGGGAAACAAGGUGGCACAUCUGUUGCUGAAUAGUAUAUCUUGGUAUUAUUAGAGUUCUGGCAAAAAUAAAAACAAAAACAAAAAAAACAUUGACCCGAAUUCUUCAACUACACUUUUGGUCGCUGCGCUUUAAUUUGAUGUCAUACAAAUCGCACGCUCUGAUUCGUCAGAAGUAUCUAAAACAUGCCCACUG